AUGCAUUCAAUCCAAUUUCUCACCUUCUUUGGCGUAGCCUCUAUGGCUUUGGCCCUCCCGGCUCCUCAAUCGGAUAUUUCUCAACUCACCCGAAGAGAAGACAUCACCACCCACGAUGGUCUAGUCGUCUCCAUCACGGACGAUAGCGGCAAUGACCAAAAGCGUGAUACCUACAAAACGCACGACGGUCUCAGUGUUACUAUCGAAGACGAUACUAGCAGCGAUCAAAAGCGCGAUACUCUGAUCAAUGCCCAGAUUCUUACAACCAGAGACAACUUGACCGUCACAAUUAGCGACAUUAACUCUGAUAUUCCUCCGGAGAUUUCCAGGAAAGGCGUCGGAUCUUCACUUUUGGAUAAGCGCAAUAGUGACUACGUAUCGAGCUGUGGGAGUGAAUGGACUCCUAUUUCUGAUCAUUAUGAUAGUCAUUACGCUUUAUAUUGGGGCUACUCAAGCGCCGUAACAGCCUUCUGUUUCUCUAUCUCCGCCGACCAAGACGGAAACCCCUUUACCAUCGGCCCCGGAAAAAAGCUAUCCCUAACUCGCACCUAUCAAUUCGAAGCCGGUCCCGACCAUGGAGCCCGAAUUGGACUGAAGAAUGAAGUACCAGGACAUAUCGAAUUUGAAAUCCAUAACAAAUACUCGGAUGCAAAUCACACACCUGACAUCACAACGUGCGAAGCUUACUUGUUGAAGAUGACGGAUCCAAAGGCGAAUGGAAAGAAUUGCUAUGGUUCUAAUAAUAAGGAUACGAAAGGUGGUACUUGGCAGGUGGGCAGUACUAAGCGCACAAUUUCACCAACACAGAUCCAUCCCACCACCCCAAGAAACUUCUCACACAAACCUAUCAAGAUGGCCGAAACCAUCCUCACGUUUUGCACAGCUGAAAUCUCACCUGAAAUAAUUUCUCACUUCAUCCGACUUUCACAACGAACCGAAGAAAGUUCCAAAAUUUGGAGCAUCGUGCGCACCCCCACCGAAACUCCCCUCGGCAAACGCACCCGCACCAACAUAUCCCCUUUCCAAAGCGGUUUCCUCAACUCCUCUCAAUCCACCCUCACCACAUUCGUGCGCUCUGCACCCCAAACUGACCCCUACUAUUUCAGCAGAAACACAUUUGCCGUACUCGAUGCACGCAGUAUCGAAGAUCAAACGGUUGUUCUGUGGACAUAUCUGGAAAGCAUGCCAGCGGAAUUAGCGGAGAUAGGAGAAUGGGAUGAGGAGAAAAAGAUAGUGGAGUGGAGGGAUUUUCGAGUGGAGUUUAGUAAGGCGUGUUGGGUGGUGGGGCUUUUGGAGGAGAAGCCUCAGUUGUUUAUUGAGGGGGUGGAGAGGAAGGAAGGUGCGUAUGUGGAUGAGGAUGGGAUUUUGAGGGUGGAUGCGCCGAUGAAGGAGUGGGAUUUGGAGGAUAAUGAGGAGUGA